GGGCAGGGAGGAACUGCAGUGACUCUGAAAGAGAUGGUGGAGAGACUAUUGUAACCAUCUAAGGAGUGUAAGUGGCUGUGGCAGAGCACAAAGCACAAUCCCAAAGCAGGCAGAUCCCGUGAGAUUCCGUGUCAACAACAUGUCUAAAGCUUUGGAUUCAUAUUGUGGUUCUGUUUUCUGGAAUUCGUCACUCUUGGAAAGUGCAGAACCUGACCUUCCCCUGUGCUUUGAACAGACUGUUUUGGUUUGGAUUCCUCUUAUCUUUUUUUGGCUUUGUGCCCCAUGGCAGCUUCUUCGCUUGUGUAAACCAGGGGUUGUUAAAUCCCCUAUAACCCGCCUCUAUCUAGCCAAGCAGUGCCUGACAUUGCUCCUAUUCUUCACGUCCAUUGCUGGCAUAGGAAUUACUGUGGCGGAACAUGUUAAAGCCCAGUCCAACUCUACCGAACCACUCCCUGUCGUCCUCUAUGUCAAUCCAGCAAUCUAUGCAGCUACCUGGUUGCUAGUUUUGCUCAUUCAUCACACCAGGCGAUAUUAUGCUCGGAAAGAUACCGGCACCCUUUUCCUCUUUUGGACUCUCUCUGUCAUUUGCGGAGUUUUUCCACUUCAGACUUUUAUCCGGAAAGCACUGAAGGAUGAUAUACCCGAUCUUCCCCGGGUCUGUUUGUUUUUCAUCUCCUACUCUCUGCAAGUUCUUACAUUGAUCAUCUCUGCCUUUUCGGAAAAAAAUGAAAGCACCAAACAGAAUCCAGAGCUGACUGCAUCGUUCCUAAGUAGAAUAUCCUUCAACUGGUACAACAGCAUUGUUAUUAAAGGCUAUAAAAAGCCUCUAGAGAUGGAAGAUCUGUGGGAUUUAAAUGAGGAAGACAAAACCCAAAAUAUGUAUGAAACUUUUGAAAAGCACAUGAAACAUGAAGUGAGAAGAGCAAGGAAGGACUUGGAAAAACGUAAAAAUAAAAGAAAACACAAGGAGGCUGGAAUUGAAAUGAAUGGCAUAAGCAAGGCACAGAGCCAAGAUGUCCUUGUAAUGGAAGAAAAGAAGAAAAAAAAGAAGGAAAAGAAGAAGGAAAAAUCCGUAGAUGGAACCACUAAAGAUUUUCCCAAACGCUGGUUAAUUAAAACACUAAUAAAAACCUUCCCACGUACCUUAAUAAUGUCGGCUAUCUUUAAGCUUCUGCAUGAUUUGCUGACGUUUGUCAGCCCACAGAUUUUAAAGUUAAUGGUGACUUUUACGGCUGAUCCAUCUCAGUACCAAUGGCAGGGAUUUUUCUAUGCAGUGUUGCUCUUAGUAGCCGCAUUACUACAGUCCUUUUUGCUUCAGCAAUAUUUUCAUGGCUGCUUCGUUUUGGGAAUGAGAGUGAGAAGCCUCCUAAUGGCUGCAGUAUAUAAAAAAGCACUAACUGUGUCAAACUCCAUUCGGAAAGAAUCAACAGUUGGGGAAACUGUGAACUUGAUGUCUGCGGAUGCCCAGAGAUUCAUGGACUUGACAAAUUUUAUUCACUUACUGUGGUCCUCCCCGCUGCAGAUUGCUAUUUCUAUAGUCUUUCUCUGGGAAGAAUUAGGUCCCUCAGUCCUUGCUGGACUUGGAGUGAUGAUCUUGCUGAUACCCAUCAAUGCAGUGUUGGCCACAAUAUCAAGGAAGCUACAGAUGAAGAACAUGAAAAACAAAGAUAAAAGAAUGAAGAUUAUGAAUGAAAUGCUCAAUGGUAUUAAGAUUCUAAAGCUGUAUGCCUGGGAGUCAUCUUUUGAGGAUCAAGUGCAAGAAAUCCGGGAGAAGGAGCUGAAAGACAUGUUACAUUUUACUUACCUGCACUCAGUGUCCCUGUUUGUUUUCACCUGUGCACCAUUCUUGGUCUCUGUUGCAACUUUUGCUGUCUAUGUUGCAGUAGAUCCAAGCAAUGUUCUAAAUGCAGAAAAAGCUUUUACUUCUAUAUCCUUGUUUAAUAUUCUACGAUUUCCGCUCGCCAUGCUUCCGAUGCUUAUUUCCAAUAUGGUGCAGACAAGUGUAUCAAGUGCCCGUCUCGAGAAAUAUUUAGGAGGGGAUGACCUAGAUACCUCAGCCAUUCAAUAUGAUCCAAAUAUCGAUGCUGCUGUUCAGUUUUCUGAUGCUACAUUUUCUUGGGAGGAAGAUUCAAACCCUGCAAUCAACAAUGUGAAUCUGGAUGUCAAAGAAGGUCACCUGGUUGCAGUAGUGGGUGGAGUAGGGUCCGGGAAAUCAUCGCUUGUUUCUGCAAUGCUUGGAGAAAUGGACCAUGUCAGUGGACACAUCAACAUCAAGGGUUCCAUCGCUUAUGUUCCUCAGCAAGCAUGGAUCCAGAAUGCCACAGUAAAGAACAAUAUUCUUUUUGGAUCAAAGAUGAAUGAAGAGCGUUACCAAAAGGUUUUAGAAGCAUGUGCCCUUCUUCCAGAUCUGGAGAUGCUUCCUGGACACGAUGAGUCUGAAAUAGGAGAAAAGGGUAUAAACCUGAGUGGUGGCCAGAAGCAGCGGGUCAGUUUAGCCAGGGCUGUGUACAAUGAUGCAGACAUAUAUAUCCUUGAUGACCCUCUCUCUGCUGUCGAUGCUCAUGUUGGGAAGCAUAUAUUUGAAAAAGUGGUGGGACCCAAUGGAUUACUAAAAAAUAAGACUCGGAUCUUAGUCACGCACGGGGUUAGCUUCCUAAAGCAUGCUGAUAAUAUAGUGGUCCUUGUGAAUGGCAGGGUCACUGAGACUGGAUCCUACAAAACCUUACAGGCCAACAAUGGUGCAUUUGCAGAGUUUCUAAGGCUGUAUGCAAAGCAGGACGAUAAGAUGGAAGAUGAAGCCACAGUUUUUAAUGGUGGAGAUGAUGAAGAUGAUGGUGAACAGGUUGAGACGGCUGAGGUUCUUGAAGACGUUGUGGCAUCAACAGUAAAGAGGGAAAACAGCAUGCGGAAGAGGAAACGUAGCAGUGUGAGCAUGAAUGGCACCCUAAGAAGGUCAGUGAAAGAUGUUACAAAGAAAAAGACAGAGAUUGAACCAAAUGGCACAAAAGGACAGAAGCUUAUUGAAAAGGAAACGGUUGAAACAGGAAAGGUGAAAUUCUCAGUGUACAUGAAAUACUUGCGAGCUGUAGGAUGGGGAUUCAGCUUCUGGAUAUUUCUGAGCUAUAUUCUCCAGAAUGCAGCCUUUGUGGGACAAAAUAUAUGGCUGAGCGACUGGACUGGAGAUGCAGAAAAAUAUUACAACAUGACAUAUCCUAUUUCACAGAGAGACAUGAGGGUUGGAGUAUUCGGAGCUCUAGGAGUGGCACAAGCUCUCUUUGUGCUCCUGGGUGCAUUUCUUGUUUCUGGCGGUGCUGUCCGGGCUUCCAGAAUGCUUCAUACGCAACUUCUGCACAACAUGCUGCGGGUCCCUAUGCGAUUCUUUGAUACUACUCCAACAGGACGUAUUGUUAACAGGUUUGCUAAGGAUAUCCUGACUGUGGAUGAGACCAUCCCAAUGUCAUUCCGUAGCUGGAUUGCAUGCGUCCUGGGAGUUAUUGGAACCUUAUUUAUCAUAUGUUUGGCUACUCCCAUCUUCGCUGCUGUCAUCGUGCCACUCGCAAUCUUCUAUUACUUUGUUCAGAGAUUCUAUGUCACCACGUCCCGCCAGCUGAGACGCCUGGAUUCUGUCACUAGGUCUCCCAUCUACUCCCAUUUUGGGGAGACUGUCUCUGGACUGUCUGUAAUUCGUGCUUAUGGACAUCAAGAUCGGUUUCUGCAAUACAACGAAGAGACCAUCGAUAAUAAUCAGAAAAGUGUUUAUUCUUGGAUUGUCUCCAACAGGUGGUUGGCUAUUCGUCUGGAGUUUGUAGGAAACCUUACAGUCUUCUUUGCUGCCCUUUUCGCUGUGCUGGCGCGAGGGACUUUGGAGAGUGGGACCGUAGGGCUCUCCAUUUCUUCCGCUCUCAAUAUAACUCAAACCCUCAACUGGUUAGUAAGAAUGACAUCUGAGCUAGAAACCAACAUAGUUGCGGUGGAGCGAGUAGAUGAGUAUAUAAAGGUGGAGAGAGAGGCACAGUGGGUAGGAGACCAUCGGCCACCAAUAAAUUGGCCAGAGAAAGGAGUUGUCCAGUUCGUGGACUACAAAGUUCGUUACCGGCCUGAACUGGACCUUGUCUUGAAGGGUGUCUCAUGCUCCAUUGAAAGCAUGGAGAAGGUUGGUAUCGUCGGCAGGACGGGCGCCGGAAAAUCCUCACUCACCAAUUGCAUCUUUCGGAUCAUUGAGUCAGCAGGUGGCAAGAUUAUGAUCGAUGGGCUGGACAUUGCCAGCAUUGGUCUUCAUGACCUACGCCAAAAACUAACCAUUAUUCCACAGGACCCUGUCUUAUUUUCGGGCAACUUAAGGAUGAACCUGGAUCCAUUCAACCAGUACACAGAUGAGGAUAUCUGGAGAGUCCUUGAACUCUCACAUCUCAAGCCAUUCGUGGAAGGGCUUCAGGAGAAACUCUACUAUGAAGUGAGCGAAGGAGGAGAGAACCUCAGUGUUGGUCAGAGGCAACUUGUAUGCCUUGCUCGGGCUUUGCUUCGGAAAUCUAAGAUCCUAAUCCUAGAUGAAGCCACAGCUGCUGUAGACUUGGAGACGGAUAACUUAAUCCAGAGGACAAUCCGCAGCGAGUUUGCAGACUGCACAGUCCUGACUAUUGCGCAUCGGUUGCACACCAUUAUGGACAGCAGCAGGUUAAUGGUGUUGGAUGCUGGGAAGAUCUUAGAAUUUGGAAGUCCAGAUGAGCUCCUUCAGCGCCAGGGACAUUUCUUUUCUAUGGCCAAGGACGCUGGCAUUGAUAGCACUCAAAGUACAGUCCUAUAAAUAUGGGAAAAGAAGUUACAAAGACACCAACAUAACUGCACAUAGGAGACUACAGGAGAAUUUUCUGAAAACCAACUGACUCUGGAGCAUAUGAGAAUGCUCUCACACACAGUAAUGUGCAGCUGCAACAGUGAAGAAGGUUCUGAUUGCUCAUUAAUCUCAAUGAAGGGCUCCAGAUCCUGACCUGAUGGAAUACACCCACUGGAAUGUUAAUGUACCUGCUUUUCGUUGUAGGGUAAAUCUUUAUUUGGACAUAAAAUCUAAUCGAAAUGAUUACAGUGGGAUAUUUUUUUAGUAAACUAUUUAAUUUACCCACGCUGUGGGGAUUGUAUCAGCGGCAGUAUAAAGGCAGCGCUGCCUUCCCGUUUAUACUUGAAUGUACAUAUAUAUUUGUGGAAACAUACCUUAAAUUAAAGAGACAUUUUGGCAAAAAAA